AUGGACUCCAAGGAAACCGGCGCGCUGUCGCCGCAAGCUUCGUCUGGUGGAGAAAACACCACCCUCCACGAUGAAAGCCGCCCAAAAGAUCGAGAGGAAUCGUCGCUCAGCGGCAGCCGAAUCUCGUCUAGUAGCGACGACUCAUCAACUCCAGGUCGUCGGCCCGGCCCAUCGAGAACAGCAAGUGGUACGAGUAUUCAAAAUGAAGAUGACCUCUUUCGAGCAAUUUCACGACGCCGGACAACUGGGAGUCUCGCGUCCGGCACCGAGGGCCCUGAGGAAUCAGCAGAGAUAGAACGGCUCAUGUCGCGCAUGUUUGGGCAUGCCAGGCAAGAACACAAUCCAGAAGAACAACUGCGACAUAGCGGUGUCAUCUUCCGCGACCUCACUGUCAAAGGCGUCGGGCUGGGCGCCAGUCUUCAACCAACAGUCGGAGACAUCUUCCUGGGGCUUCCCCGAAAGAUCAGGAACCUUGUUAGAGCCGGUCCAAAAGCUGCUCAGGCCAAGCCGCCGGUGAGGGAGCUGAUCAGCCAUUUCGACGGCUGUGUCCGACCUGGUGAACUUCUUCUUGUCCUAGGUCGUCCAGGAGCUGGAUGCUCGACGUUUCUCAAGGCUUUCUGCAACCAGCGGUAUGGCUUUGAGGCCGUUGAGGGCGACGUCACGUAUGGUGGAGCAGACGCGAAACAGAUAGCCAAGCACUUCCGCGGUGAAGUCAUCUAUAACCCCGAGGACGACUUACACUAUGCCACCCUAACGGUGAAGAGAACUCUGACCUUUGCGCUCCGGACUCGCACGCCGGGGAAAGAGGGUCGGCUCGAGGGCGAAAGCCGUUCAUCGUACAUCAAGGAGUUUCUUCGUGUCGUUACGAAGCUCUUCUGGAUCGAACACACCCUUGGGACCAAGGUUGGCAACGAGUUCAUCCGCGGCGUCUCUGGUGGUGAGCGAAAGCGUGUCAGUAUUGCAGAGGCCAUGAUCACCCGCGCCUCUGUGCAAGGCUGGGACAACUCAAGUAAAGGCCUGGACGCAAGCACCGCGCUGGAGUAUGUGAGAGCUAUACGUGCAAUGACCAACAUGGGACGAAUCUCCACCGCAGUGUCAUUGUACCAAGCUGGAGAGUCGCUGUACGAGCUCGUGGACAAGGUGCUGCUCAUUGACGGCGGAAAGUGUCUCUACUUUGGCCCUGCCGAAAAGGCAAAGCAGUAUUUCCUGGAUCUGGGCUUCGACUGUCCCGAGCGAUGGACGACGGCCGACUUCCUGACAUCUGUCAGCGAUCAGCACGAACGGAGCAUCCGCCCUGGCUGGGAGCAGCGCAUCCCGCGAUCACCGGAUGAGUUCUUUAACGCGUAUCGUAAGAGCGACAUUUACAGCGAGAAUGUGGCUGACAUGGAGGCUCUUGAAAAGGAGCUCCGCGCCCAAGCCGAAGAGCGGGAGGCGGCACGGCCGAAGAAGAUGGCAGAACACAACUACACCCUCGCCUUCCAUCAACAAGUCAUCGCUUGCACCAAGCGCCAGUUUCUCAUCAUGCUAGGAGACUCGGCGUCUCUCUUUGGCAAAUGGGGUGGUCUCCUAUUCCAGGGCCUCAUCGUGGGCAGCUUGUUCUAUAACCUCCCCGCAACCACGGCUGGGGCGUUUCCGAGAGGAGGAACGCUUUUCUUCUUGCUGCUGUUCAAUGCGUUGCUUGCAUUGGCUGAGAUGACGGCGGCCUUUACCUCCAAGCCCAUCAUGCUGAAACACAAAUCGUUUUCCUUCUAUCGACCAGCGGCAUACGCAGUUGCGCAGACCGUGGUCGACGUGCCGCUUGUCUUCAUACAAGUCGUCCUCUUCAACACCAUCAUCUACUUUAUGGCGCAUCUCUCGCGCACGGCAUCGCAGUACUUCAUUGCCACUCUCAUCCUGUGGCUUGUUACCAUGGUCACAUAUGCCUUCUUCCGUUGCAUAGCGGCCUGGUGCCCGACUCUGGACGAGGCGACGCGGUUGACUGGCGUUGCAGUACAGAUCCUCAUUGUGUACACGGGAUAUUUGAUUCCUCCAUCCGAAAUGCACCCCUGGUUCUCUUGGCUGCGAUGGAUCAAUUGGAUCUUUUACGGGUUCGAGUGUCUCAUGUCGAACGAGUUCACAGGUCUACAACUUGACUGUGUGAGUCCGUAUCUGGUGCCUCAAGGACCGGGGACAUCGCCACAGUUCCAGUCCUGCACUCUCGCAGGAAGCCAACCGGGAGAGACAAGUGUGGAUGGCGCAGCAUACAUCCAAGCGGCCUUUCAAUACACUCGAUCGCAUUUGUGGCGCAAUUUUGGGUUCCUCUGGGCCUUUUUCAUCUUCUUCGUCUUCUUGACGGCAGUCGGAAUGGAAAUAAUGAAGCCAAAUGCUGGUGGAGGAGCCAUUACCAUGUUCAAGAGAGGCCAAGUCCCAAAAGCUGUCGAGUCAACUAUCGAGACCGGUGGCAGGGCUGGGGAGAAGAAGAAGGAUGAGGAGUCUGGAGCUGUAUCUCACGUCACUCCAGCCAUGGUUCAAGAAAAGGCACAGGAUCUGAGCGACUCAAGCAGCGGUCCUGGGAUCGCCAAGAACGAAACCGUUUUCACUUUUCGCAAUAUCAACUACACCAUCCCGUACGAAAAGGGCGAGAGGAUGCUGCUUCAAGAUGUCCAGGGAUAUGUCCGGCCUGGGAAACUCACAGCUCUCAUGGGUGCAUCGGGCGCCGGAAAGACGACGCUGCUCAACGCUUUGGCUCAGCGCAUUCGCUUCGGAACAAUCAGUGGCGAAUUCCUUGUUGACGGCCGCCCUCUUCCCAAGUCGUUCCAGCGAGCCACAGGAUUCGCGGAGCAAAUGGACGUUCACGAGCCGACUUCGACCGUGCGCGAAGCUCUGCAAUUUUCUGCCCUUCUGAGACAGCCGCACGAGGUUCCCAAAGAGGAGAAGCUCGCGUAUUGCGAAACCAUCAUUGACCUCCUUGAGAUGAGGGAUAUCGCAGGCGCCACUAUCGGCAAGGUUGGCCAAGGGCUCGACCAGGAGCAGCGAAAGCGACUGACGAUUGGCGUCGAGCUGGCAUCUAAGCCGGAGCUACUCAUGUUUCUCGACGAGCCGACUUCUGGUCUUGACUCUGGCGCCGCGUUCAACAUUGUCCGUUUCCUGCGAAAGCUGGCUGAUGCGGGCCAGGCAGUCCUCUGCACCAUCCACCAGCCCUCAGCGGUGUUGUUUGAGCAUUUCGACGAGUUGCUUCUGCUGAAGUCUGGCGGAAGAGUCGUCUAUCACGGGCCCCUGGGCAAGGACAGCCAGCCCCUGAUUCACUACUUCGAAUCGAACGGCGCGCACAAAUGCCCUCCCAAUGCCAAUCCCGCCGAGUACAUGCUGGAAGCUAUCGGCGCAGGUGACCCCAACUACCACGGCCAAGACUGGGCCGAUGUGUGGGCGUCAUCACCGGAGCACGAGCAGCGCUCCCAGGAGAUUCAGGAUAUGAUCUCAUCCCGACAGAAGGUCGAGCCAUCCAAGAACCUCAAGGACGACCGCGAAUACGCCGCUCCGCUGUCUGUUCAGACCAGGUUGGUCGUCAAGCGCGCUUUUGUCUCGUACUGGAGGUCACCCAACUACAUCGUGGGCAAGUUCAUGUUGCAUAUUUUGACGGGUCUGUUCAACUGCUUCACCUUCUGGCGCCUUGGCUACUCAACCAUUGCGUAUCAGAGCCGGCUGUUCUCAAUAUUCAUGACGCUCACCAUCUCGCCGCCCCUGAUCCAGCAGCUGCAGCCUGUCUUCAUCAACUCGCGCAAUCUCUUCCAGUCCCGCGAGAACAGCGCCAAGAUCUACUCAUGGCUGGCCUGGGUCACGUCUGCCGUACUCGUUGAAAUCCCCUAUGGCAUCGUUGCCGGAGCAAUCUACUUCAACUGCUGGUGGUGGGGAAUCUUUGGGACGCGAGUUUCCAGUUUCACAUCUGGUUUCUCCUUCAUACUGGUCCUGGUCUUUGAGCUCUACUACAUCAGCUUCGGCCAGGCAAUUGCCUCUUUUGCUCCAAACGAGCUGCUGGCAAGUCUUUUGGUGCCCGUGUUCUUCCUGUUCGUCGUCAGUUUCUGCGGAGUUGUCGUGCCACCCAAUCAGCUGCCGACCUUCUGGAAAAGCUGGAUGUACUGGCUGUCGCCCUUUCACUAUCUGCUCGAGGCGUUUCUCGGUGCCGCCAUUCACGACCAUCCGGUGCGCUGCAAGAGCAGUGAAUUCGCUCGCUUCAGUGCCCCGCCUGGCCAGACAUGUGAAAGCUAUACCGCUUCGUACAUCAACCAGGCGGGCGGGUUCGUGCAGACGGCUUCGGAUGGCUUGUGUGAAUUUUGCCAAUACGCAACAGGUGACCAGUUUGGAAUGGGCUUCAGUGUCGAGUACAGCCAUAUCUGGAGAGACUUUGGCAUUUUCUGCGGCUUCAUCCUGUUCAACUACGGCGUUGUGUAUUUGUCGACCUGGCUAAAGUUUUCAGCAAGGAACCCGUUUAAGAUUGUGAUGGCAAAGCUAGGGAGACCCGGUAACCAUCAGGCGGAUUGA